AUGACCUAUGAAACGGUGGUGAAAAUGAAAUGGCUCAGGCGGACGUGGGAAAGCGAAGGCUGGUCUUCACGAGCGUACGAAUUGGAUCUCGAGAAGAACAUCGAGCUGGAGAUCCGAGAGCUGAUCGGGAAAGACGUGGUCAAUUUCGACGACUUUAUUGAAAACAACCUAGCUAUCAAGAAUGACGUCUACAACCACGGCGACUCUAUAUCAGCAGUUCAUCAUCGAGUCUCUUAUAAGCAUGGCAGAUUGCCCACAUUAAGGGCAGCCCGCCAGCUACAACGGGCGUCGGGGAGCUCCAGGUUCGAAUUCGAUCGGGUCUUCGAGGCUUUUGAGCGUGCACGUUUCUCAAAGUUCAGCUUCAAUUUUGAACAUCACACCGACUUCAAAACAUUCUCGGAUGUCGUUGGUGCUGCGGAGGCGAAGCAAUCCUUCCGCUUUCAAGUUCAUCCCUUCGAGCCGACAUGGAGCAUCGUUCAGCACAAGACGCGGCCCCAAAGUCGAAGGAAAUGGAUCGGUGCUUUUGCCUGGCUUCCCGUUAUGCAUAAGUUUCGCUCGAUCCUCCUACAUAACUCGCCAGUUACUCAUCAACACAGUCUUCACAACCUGCAGACGGCGCCCAAGGCGAGUCAGCCUCUUGCUGUGACACAUCCUCCACAGCACUUCCAUUUCAAUAACCAGAGCCCAUAA